UCUCCGCCUGACAGACCGAACUCCGGGCAGCAGUUUCACAACGUGGUUAUCCAACAUGGGAGCAGCGGAGUAGCGAGCAGCGUCGAGCCGGUGGACAGAGCGCUGCUGUGGGACGGUCUAACGCCGCGGGGCGGCAUGCUGUGACUGCUCGGUGUCCUCCGGUCGCUAAUGUUGCCCUCCGCCGGUGGCCGCUCGGUCCGGGCGGCCGUCGGGCUGCUGGCUCCGCGGACCCGGAGUGGAGGACGGAUCUGGUGCCCGUGCAGAAGCAUUUCUGUGAAACCAGGAAGUUUGAAGCCAAAGACGAUUCCUCCGCGAUACCUUGGCCAGCCCAGCCCUUUCACUCAUCCACACCUCAUCAAACACGGGGAGGUGACCCCGGGUCUGAGCCAGACUGAAUAUGAGCUCCGCAGACACCGGCUGGCGUCGCUCAUCGAGGCCCAGGCAGAAAGGCUGGGACCUUCUGCCUCCUCCGGCACCCAUGUGGUCAUCGUCUUAUCCCAUCCGACGCGCUACAUGACCAACGACAUCCCAUAUCCCUUCCACCAGCACCAGGAUUUCUUCUACCUCAGCGGCUUCCUAGAGCCUGACAGCGCUCUGGUUCUCUACGGGAAAAGUCGACCAGACCAGGCCAUCCUGUUUGUUCCCCGCAGAGACCCAGGAAGGGAGCUGUGGGAUGGGCCGCGGUCCGGGAAGGACGGGGCGGCUGCUCUGACCGGCAUCGAGAGAAUUCACAGCACGGAGGAGCUGGGUGUUGUCCUCAAGAGCCUUAAAGGCACUCAGCUGUGGUACGACAGCUCUCAGCCUGCACACCCUCGGCUCCACCAGACCCACGUGAGCCCCGUCCUGGAGGCGGGUCCGACGCCGCGCACCCUCAGACCCCUGGUACACUCUCUCAGAGCCCUGAAGAGCUCAGCAGAGGUGGCCCUCAUGCAGGAAGCGGGUCGCAUCACGGCGCAGGCGUUCAGGAGGACGAUGGCUCUGUCUCAAGGGGACGUGGAUGAAGCCGUGCUCUUUGCUAAGUUUGAUUUUGAGAAUCGGAUCCACGGUGCCAACUUCCUGGCCUAUCCCCCCGUGGUGGCCGGAGGGAACCGAGCCAACACGCUGCACUACAUAAACAACAACCAGAUCAUCAAGGACGGUGAAAUGGUUCUGCUCGAUGGUGGUUGUGAAUACUUUGGUUAUGUCAGUGACAUCACGCGAACGUGGCCAGUCAAUGGAAGAUUCAGUCCCGCCCAGGCUGAGCUGUACGAGGCCGUGCUCGAGGUCCAGCGCUCCUGCUUGUCUCUGUGUUCCCCCGGCGUCAGUCUGGACCACAUCUACAGCACCAUGCUGGCUCUACUGGGACGCCAGCUCAAGCGGCUCGGCGUCCUCAAGGCCGGCACCAGCGACGCUGACGUGCUGAAGGCUGCAAGGCGCUACUGUCCCCACCACGUUGGCCACUACCUGGGCAUGGACGUCCAUGACACUCCUGAGCUGUCCCGCUCACAGCCUCUCCAGCCAGGAAUGGCCAUCACCAUAGAGCCAGGAUUGUACAUCUGUGAAGACAACGAUGAGGCGCCGCAGCGUUUUCGCGGCAUGGGCGUCAGGAUUGAGGACGAUGUGGUGAUCCGGGACAAAGGAGGACCUCUGAUUCUGUCCUCUGACACGCCAAAGACCGUCGCUGACGUGGAGCAGGCCUGUGCCCAGAGAUAGGGCAGAAACAGACAGGUGGCCACGUGAGCCACAGCGCUGGUGUGCAGACGCUUCUCAGUCGUCUCCAUGGUUGAUAUCCUCAAGCUCAGGUGAAAGAAGUGUAGGAGCACGCUGUGAGGCUUCAGUUUUAGUCGGAGAAAGACGCCUCUGCUGUCUGAUUAUACGUUUAAAGACACUUUAUAGCUGGUUUCAUGUUUGUCUUUAACAGUGAAGUUAGUCGUUGUUAACAGGAGUGUGCAAAGUCAGAAAAACUUUAUUAACAAGAACAGAAAUAAAACUCCAAAACUUGAAAUGUGCCGCCUGUAAUGGCUGCAAAGACAUCAAAACAUGCGUAUUUAUUUGUGCAUUAACAUCAUAGCUGUAGACCUGACUCGGUGAUACACGUUUUCUGUUUCCACUCUUAAAGAUCCACCGUUCUGUCCCAGCUCAGGCUGCAUUGCAUCAAAACACCAACCGCUGAACGUGAACUCACUGUCAUGAGCAGAAAGAACGAGUCAAAUUAUGAAGUGAACACACGAUGUGUACAGAAACCGCUGCUCCUGAUCAACCUGGAAUAAAUGGAAAUGAUCACAGCGAUUCGCUCGAGUGUGAGAACGUUUGUGUUGUUGUGAAUGUGUGUCGGAGUUUAGUCUGUUCAGCUGAGAGAACAAAUCUGAUCUCUAAACGUAAAUUGUGUUUAUAUGUAUUGAAAAGAUCUCAAUAUUCUUUCAUAUCUAAUAAAUCAAUUUGGUUUGAC